ACAAGUAUGUUUUAAAUGUCAAACCCGGCCCAGUCCAUUUACCCCUACUUCAACUGUUUGAAACAUUAUCUAGCAAUCGAUUUUUGGUUAAAACUAUGGACUAUGAUUAAUAGCAAUUGGCAAGGUAAAUGGUUUUGAACACUAAAUGAGAAGGCUUCACCCGGGUGUUGCUCCCCCUAGCUAGUUAUCAAGAUUAGUCGAAUCAAAUGCAAGUUUGUGGUAUAAGUGGUUGUAACCGUAGAGAAGCGAACAAGUGAAGAAGCUUCACUCUCUCAGUCGUUAGGCCACGGAUGUCAAAUCAGGCUAUCAAAUUAGCUCUCUUUGCCAAUCGACUAAGGGUUGCCUAGACUUCUCCCUUGAACCAUAGUUUGAUGGCCAAAAUACAACCUACCUGUGGUGCUAAAACAUAGUAUGAGGUUUUCCCUAAUUCGGCCUAAGUAGGUGGCUCAAUUUGGCCAAUGAAUUCUAGCUUUUGAAAGCCUCUUAGCAAGAAGGGGAUAUCCCUCUACCUAGGUCAAAUGGGCAUAAGAGUUCGAAAUGAAAAACUCGGCACAACCUUCAUGAAAAUACCUCAAUACUUGCAUUAAAAAACAACCACAGACAAGUCAUUCAAUCCAUACAAACAUUCACAUGAUACUAGCUAGGGUUCACAAACACCUAAGUGAAAGAAGGGCACUACUUCAUGCUAAGAUGUGGGAAUACAUAAAGGAGAAGAGAAAAUACCUCCUUUAGUGUGGAGAUCAUCCUUAGAGGAUGAGAUUCCUAAAUCUUGGAGCUUGAAUGAAACCCAAACCUUCUUCUCCUCUCUUGUUCGUCACUUUUCUUUUUUCAUCUCAACUACCCUUUUAUACACAGAUCAACGGCUUUCACGCUCCCAUUUCACGUCCAUUAACUCUAAGCCUAAACUGUGAUCCUAGACAAAAACACGCCAUUUCACUUAAGCUCUUCACGGUCUUGAGGGAAUUAUCAUGGUCGAGUGACCGUGAUUUUAUUUAGGCCCGCGAGGCGCGCAGAAUGUUCUGGUUCCUCUCCUCCUCACGGUUUGGGCUCCAUUAUUAUGGUGUAGAUGCCGUGAAAAUUAAGCUCACCGUGAUCCUCAGUUGCUUCCUCUCUUCGAUCCGUUUUUGCCCCUUUUCGUCCAACUUUCCUUCCCAAGGUCGAUUCCACCUGCUAGGAUCUUAAACACACUAGGAACAAGCACAACCUAGCGUAAAACUGAACCUCACGAAGUGAAAAAGCCUCAAACAUCUAAAGAAUAUGAGGAUAAAAUGUGUGCAAUUGGACUCGAAUCAAUCAGCCAUCCACUGCGGAUUGGGUUAUUUGCGAGUGGGUUGAUGUCAAACCACGGAUUACUCACCUCAUGCCCACCCCUAUGUAUCGGUGGUCUGAUAAAAAUACCUCUUAUUGGAGUUUAAAGUAGUAUGAGCUUUUAGUGGUAUACAAUUGAACCACAGUUAAAUCACAAUUUCAGCAGAAAACCCCAUAACACUAAAUUUUUCGUUAUCACCUCCAGUGCAAUUUUAGAACCGUGCCAUAGACCAAUUAGGCUUCUUGUUAGGGCUGACCUAUGUAGAAAAUAAAGAGAUUGUUGUAAAAGCCGUUUGGAACUUUUAAAAGGUAAUUUAAAAAGUAUUGGAAUGUUUGGUUGAUACACUAUUAUGAUUAUUUUUAAAAUAUAAAAAGUAGCUAAAAUAGAUCUUGUUGGAUUAGAGUAUAGUAUCAUGUCCGAAAGAUCAGUCAAUUCAAGUUCUAGAUAGCUUUUUUUACUCAAGGUAUGUGGUACCUCGGAUUUCACCAUGGGUACCGUAGAACUCCCCACGGAUUUUACCCAGGGUACCGUAGAACUCGCCAUAUAUAUAUAUAUAUUAAUUCUAAUUCUUGAUUAUUUUUAGUUUUAAAAUGAUUCAACUGAAAGGAAAUUUUAUGUUCUAAAAAAACUAUAAACAUAAUUUGGAUUUUUAAAUUAACUUUUCCAAGAAGUUCUAAAUUGAAAUGUCUGCAUAUAUGUUAUAAAAAUACUAUUUAUCUUUUAUUUAUUGAAUUUUAUAGAAGUAUUUGACACAACUUUGUCUUAACAUGAGCUAUUGUAGAAUCCCAAAGUUUAAUAGAGCGGUUAAACUUCUCAAGAAUACAAUAAAUCAAUCGUCGGAUUCAAAAAUAAGAGGCUACGAGCAUAUAUAACAGAGCUCGUGCCUAGCCGGUACUCAAUUUAAGACAACACAAAUGAAUCACUGGGAUGAGUUGCUAGCUAAAGUCCAUUUUAUCCUACCUAAUUAUUUAUCGUUAUACUAGUAGUGGACCAAACAAUGUUCACCAGGCUUUAUACAUCCACACUUCUAGAGUCAGAGCCAAGAUUUAAGUGGUAAUGGCUCGAAUUUGACUCAACACAUUAUCGCAUAAAGGCAAAACAACAAAUCAACGGUAUGAUGAUAUAAACAAAUUAAUUUUAUAUUUCUAUUAUAUUUGUGAAAGAAGUCUUUGGAUAUUUUUGAAACCUUCCAAAAAGAAUUUAGGGUAAACUAAACUUUUUGCAUGAUAUUUUGUCUAAUAUACAUGAUUAAAAAUUACUAACAAAAAAAUAAUAAAUUUAUGUGCAAAUGAUUUUAUAUCAAUGAAAAAUAUUAUUUUAUAAUAUCUUAAUUUUUAAAUUAAAUAAAUAAAUUUGAAAAUAUUAAUUGACAAGUUUAAAAACUUAGUUACAUUAAUUUGGGAUUAAAUAAGUUAUGAAAUUUUCAAUUUUUAAUUUACAAGUAAAAAACUUUGUUGCUUUAAAGUGAGAUUAAAGGACAUAUAAGGCUUUUCUACCAUGACAUAGGAAAUUAAUAUGAAGAUUAAAUACUUAAUUGACAUCUAGAGUAAUCCUGGAAAAAACACAAGAUUACUGAAUUGACAUUUAGUGUAAAACUAAAAAAAGGCAAAACUACCAAAAUUGUCAAAGCAGGGUUUGAAUUAAUGAUGGAAAUAUUAUGACCUCACCCGAGCUCAGACAUGUCUUGAUUUAUUUGGAACAAGUUUACCCUACCCGUAGUAAUGUGCAACAAGGCUUGAGCACUACUUCUAACUGACACCGUGAUGUCCCGUCUGCAGGGGCGGAGGUAGCAUGUAAAUAGGGUGUUCCAUAGCACACCCUUGGAUUGGGACUAGAACAUCAAAAAACAGGGGUAUUAGUUUAUGCUAUAACUACGAUUUGAACAUAGAACCCCCAUAUUAUUAGCUUUGUCAUCUUCCAUUAAACUACAAUUACUUAUGUGAUACACCAAUACGUUUUAUUGUAUAUAUAUAAUUAAUUUACGUUUACAAAUAAUAAGUAAAUUAAAAAAACUCAUAAUUGUAUCCUUAUUCAAGCAGUAAUCGGAACGUUAGCCCUAACAAGCAAGACUUCUCCUAGUCCCACUUUUCAUCUUCCUUCAUUCUUCUUUCCCUUUCGUCAAUGAACUACGUGAAAACACUCUUCGGAGUGGAAUGAGUGACGAUAUCAUGAAUGAUUUUUUGGUAGGAUACAUUGAGAGUGACAUUCUUGAUAGUCUGGAAGAUGAAUGUAUUUUACAGAGUUUUCAAACUAUGAGAAUUCGUCAUGGGCCACUCUUAAAAAUUGAUAGUCGCUUUAAUUUUUUUAAGUUGGCACCCCCUUACCCAAAAUCCUGGCUACGCCACUGCCCGUCUGAUAAAGAUAUCGACACCAAAGCAAUAAAAACUACUCAACCUGCUUCAACUCCAACAUUGGUGUAGAUGCUGCUGAAAAGAAAGGUCUAGUAACUCAAAGUUAGACGAAAGCAUUCAAAGCUUAAUUAGAAACUUAUUUGGCAGAUUAUUUAUUAUCUUUGGUGUUUGACUCAUUUAUGGGCCAAGAGGUCAAUAUAAUCCACGUUUAAAAUGAGAAAGACAAACCAAAAUAGUCCAAUGAAGUACAUUAUUGAUGCCCAAGUUAUCCAUAUUUACCACCUAAGUUGUCCUUGCAUGAAAAUUUGAAGGAAAGGAGACUGCUUAGCUGAUAACAAGCUUCCUUUAGUAUUAAAAUUGAGUUAGAGUCUAAAAAAAUGAGCUAGAGAUUACUUAGCUUCAAAAAGCUUAUUUUAAGCAUUAAAAUUGAGUUAUUAUGUUUCCUAGUUCGUUUAGAAAUUGUUUGCAUACACUUAGUAGUUAGAUUUAUGUUUUGUGACCUUUAUAAAUAAAGGAUGUUUUGCAUACAAAUUGAACAACUUCUAAAAAUAAUGGUUUAUAAAACUAUAUCGGAGGUACCGGAUAAGUCUCUAGUAGGGUAUUUUGUGUUACGACUAUGGUUUUCUCCAAAAACUGUACCUACAAAAAUAAACUAUCGUACUAGAGUAGUACCAUAUUAUACCACAAAUAUAUGGGUUAAACAAAUAGUAAACUAGUAAAUAAACAAGGUUUAAUACACUUGCAUAGCCAUAACUAUCCACGUUUUGAUAAAUAUAGCCAAAUUUUGAAUAAUACACUAAAAUAGCCAUUCCGUCCAUAAGUUUAACGGAACAAUGAUACAUGCUGACAAUACUAAUGUCAUUUGCUGAUGUGGCUGACUUUUCAUCUUGAUCUUGUCAAGUUGGAAAUGACUUAUUUUAUUAUAAUAUUAAAUGGAAAAAAUUUAAAAUAAUAAAAACAGACUUCAACUCCUUCCCUGCCAUAGCAUCCCUUCCCGUCGCCGCCUCACCUUCCCUACCAUGGCAUCCCUCCCCGUCGCCGCCUCAAUAUACAAACCCAAUGGAAUAAACCCUCAAUAUACAAACCCAUGCCAUGACAUACUCUUCUUCGCAAAUACCCAAUAUACAAACCCAAUGGAACAAAAAUUCCCCAAUUCAAAAAUUCUCAGGAAGCUCGGGAAGGCGAGAACAGAGAUAUAAGGGGUGGGUGGCGGAAGGAGGAGGAGUGGGUCAGCGAUUCCCAGAUCUCUCUCCCAGCAGAUGCGGGUCGGCGAUUGUCAGAUUGACGAUUCCGAACUGUAUAGCACAUCAGAGUGGUUGUGGUUGUUCUAGGGAUUCUUAGUAGAUGUUGUGGUUGAGAUCUAGCUGGCGAAAUCUGGGUGAGAUCUUCGACCCCACUCUCUCCUUCUAUUGCUCUCCCUCUUCUCCAAGACGAUUGUCGCUCCUACGGCCGUCGCCAAUGUCACCCCGUAUGACAUCAUCCUUUAAUGGGUCACCGUCGUUGUCGUCGGGAACUAGUUUCCCCAUCCCUUCUGUAAUUAACCAUGCCUCUCAUUUGAAAAGGAGAAGGGAAAGCAAAGGCGGCGAAAGAAUGGCGACGGCGGCUCAUCUUCAUCGAGCUUCUUCUGCAGGAAGAAAAGAGGGGAAGAUGGACCUAGUUUCAAACUCGUCAAAAUCGGAAAUGAGAUGGAGAUUUGUAGCUCAAUUAAGGUUUGUUGAGGUUAGCAAGAGAUUAGCUUAGCAGUUGCAAUGUCUUAAAUUGGAGAGGCCGGCGGUGACAAGGGAAACAAUCACGUGGAAGCUAAGCAAGGGAGAAGCUCCGCCGCCGCCGAUGGGGGACGAUGGGGUCGUCGGUGGGAAAGGGACGAGAUGGAAGAAGGAGAGCCCGAUGAGAAAAGUGAAAAAAGAAAUAAUUUUGAAAUGAUAAUUUUUAUUUUAUUUUAAAUAUGAUGUGGCAGCAAGGUGGCAUGAUUUGGUGUGUUGGAGGUGAUGACUCGGUAUUUGCACAUGUUUUCCCCUUUGUUUCUUGAUUGUUUGAGCUUGAAUUAUUGCGUCUUUGUCCUAUUUUAUGCUAGGUUGUGUUCUUUUGUCACAUUUCAGGUCCUAGCACAUAAAGUGAAGCAUAGGCGCAAGUUUCAAAUCAAUCAGAGAUCAAUUGACGAUUCGGGAGAAGAAACUCGGGCAUGACCUGAAGAAGAAUGGAUUUCUACCUCACUUUAUGGACAAAGAAUCAUACAAGCUUGUCAUGAAAAGAAAGAGGACGAGACUACGAGCUUCUGGGAUCAAACGGGGAUUGAUUCGUAGUCCGGACGAGGGAGAAACGAAGCAUUAAACAGAGGCUGAGCAAGCCACACGGGCAUCCUGGAACUCCACACGGCCGUGUGGGUCGUGGCCGUGUGGAAAUCACCGAGCCUUCACACGGGCAGCUGGGAAAGCCACACGGCCGUGUGGUUUGGCCGAGUGAUCGGGAAUUUCUGUUUAAAACUCGAUUUUCAGCCAAAGGAAAGGGGAGAGCUGGGUUUUUGGUUCCCAAACACCCAAAGGACGAACCCUAGAGAGAGAGAGAGAGAGAGAGCGACUUGGGAACAUUCUUGGAGCUAUUUUGGAGGAUUUCUUUGCCAUUGGAGCUCGGGAAUCAAGCUUGGAGAUGGAGAUUGAAGAUCUAGAUCAGAUUUCUGCAGUCUCUCUCUUCUCUAUGGAGUAACUUCCAUUCACUUAGGUUUUGAGGAACCCUAGUUCCAUAUGUUAGGAUCUUUCUUGUAUGAAGUUUUGGAUGUUAUAUUGUUUUAUUAUAAUCGAUUGAGGCAUGAUUUAUUGAGUCAAUUGAAUCUUGAUCAAAUUCUCUUGAUUUCUGCUUUAACCUAUGAUAGAUAGAAUCUGAUUAGGUUAAGAGAGCUUCCUUGAUUGAUGUUGGUGAAUUGGUUAUACGAGAGUUAGCCAUUUUACUUCUUUGUACUGGAAUCCAAUUCCAGUAGUGGAGUUCUGUGCUUAUUGCUUCAGCUUUCUAUCCCGGUGAAGACUAGUCGUCUGCCGGGUAGUUAGACUGAGAGGGCUUGGUCAGCUUAAGAGAUUCCAAGCUACUGUCGGAUCUUCCGCAGUCUAAUCAACAGUAAAUCAACCUAGGGUAAUUGUAAUGAGACCUAACUAAGGAGCUAGGGGGACUCACGACCGAGUGACUCUUCUUUGCUUGAGAAAACCAAAACAAUUCCUGCUUUCUUACUGCUUUUGCUUAAAACAACAAUCACUUGACUUAGUUGGCUAGAUAAUAGAUAAGCACGGAGUAAGCAGUAGAUCUAGACCCCGGGUUGAUAAUAGAACUUGCCACUUUACUGCAUUCCCGGACUGCGAUUGCACUUGGUCGCAGUUUGGUGUUGUGUUUUGGCGUGUCAAGUUUUUGGCGCCGUUGCCGGGGACUUUCUAGAUUAUUAGGGAAGGCAGAAGUUUGUUACUUUAGCGUUUUUCUUUUGUUUUCCACCCUUGCUUUUCGCUUGGGUGUUUUUUGUUUUUGUUGGUGCAGAUCUGAAUCAUGGACCCUCAUGGCUUCUCCAUUCAUUGGGGGUAUCCACCACCAUCCGAGUGGUAUUACCCCGAGACUCCCUGGAGUAACCAAGGAGGAGAAGACUAUGGAUUCGGGUUUCAGUACCAACCCCCCUACUACGAAGAACAAUCAGACCCCUGGGUAUUUCAAGAACAAUCUCCUUAUCAAGAAGAAUUCCUCCCGCAACAAGAAGGGCCAUCAGAUCUUGAGUUCGCCACAGCCUUCACGGGCGAACCGGCAGAGCCAUGCUACACUCCAUAGCCAGAUCCAAACUAUCACUUGAGGCUUCUAGUGGAGCAGAUUGCUCGAGUACCUGAGAGAUCCUUUCCCGAGAUGGAUCCUCAUAUCCAGGCCAUUGCCCAAACUGACUUCUCCUUUCCCCGUGAAACAGAGGAUACCCUUCGGAGCAUAAAGAAUCACAUAGAGGUCAUUGAGAAAGCCUGUUCACAGUUUUCUCAAGACAACCUUUAUGCUGCCAUACAAGUAGAGGUGGAGGAAGAAGAAGGCAAUCGUGAGGAUGUUGAGGAGCAUACAGAAGUUGUCAAAGAAAGCUCCCAUGAUAAUCAUGAUCAAGUGUAUCCUCUGGUGGUAGAUCACAACUUUCCCCAUUUCCGCUCUGACAUGCUGGGCCCGAGCGAGGAGAUGUAAUAUGAACUUAUUGAGAACCUUGCAUGGAGACUUGCUCUCCAAUAAGUUAUGGAAGAAGAAGAGAGAGAAAGGGUGAGGAAAGAAGUUGUGGAGGAUGAGGAAGAAAGCAAAGAAGAGGUAGUUCUUGAUCUUUUCCGAGGAGAGAGAGCACAUUUUGAAGAAGGAAGGGGGGUUGAAGAAGCGAGUGGUGUCCAGGCUGAGGAUGAAGUUGAGGUGGAAGAGGCUUGCACCGGCCCUAUAAUACAAGUAAUAUCCCCACCAAACUUCAAGGAACUGCUUAGCAAGGACCCAUUUACAGUGUCUCUUUGCCAGACCAAGGCCACAUCGACAUCGGUCCCUCUUGGUGGACGUGAUGGUGGUCAAUCGAUGUUGUCAUAUAUGGUUUGGGGCAAUGAGACGAGAGAAGAGAAGAAGAGGUCUCGAGGAUGGAGACUUCAUCUGCAUCAAGUGCACGAGCUUCCAUCACCAGUCAUACCACAUGCUCGUGACUUGCGACUCCACCUCAUUGACGAGAACCUCAACUUCAAGGAGGUUCUAGCAUGGACCGAAACUUAGGAGCCAUCGUCCGGCUCACAACGUGAAAGAAGCGCUUGUUGGGAGGCAACCCAACCAGUCGGUUUGCAUUUCUUUCUCUAUUUUUCCUCGGUUGAGUCAGUUUUGUUAUUUGAUUUUAGAGUUAAUAACUCAACCUUUGUGAGAUUUUGUGUGGUGUUUGCGUUCUAAUUACUCUCUCUUCCUGGAAUGCACCGUCUGACCCGUCCAUCAUCAUUCACCCUUGAUCUGGUAACUUCGUUCUACCCUCCUUAUCUUUCCUCCAUUGAGGACAAUGUCGUGCUUAAGUGUGGGGGGUGUUCGAUUAUGUAUGCGGGUGAAUGUUUGGCUGUUUGUAUGCUUGGAGCCUAGUCCACUGUCCAAAUUUUUAAAUUUGAGGGCUCCAAGUACGUGUUUCCUUGCAAAUUGCCUGCUCAGUAUGCUUUGAAUCGACUUCUCUAUAGUAAUGUGCAACCUAGGGAGGUAGUGUAGCACUAUGGAGGAUGUUGAAGUAUAAGAUUUUUCCUAUCUAGCUCUCUGUUGUGCCAGUUGAUUUUGUGAAUUAGUGGAGCUAAGACCGUUGAAUUCAUGUGGUAAUGGUGACUCUAUUUGGAUUGUGUUAUGGACUCGUGUAUCGAACAGGGUGCUCAUAUGGAAAAUGGGAAGCAGUUGGUCCUCCAUGUCGAAAUCAUUGAAAUCUUAAACAUAGGGUAAGCCCAACGUGUGUGGCACCGCUCAUUGCACAAAAUCGGGUUUUGGAAGAGAUUUUAGUGAUCCUUAGUGGGGUACUCCUACAAGGUGAAGCUAAGCUGUCUUUAGUACAAGUAAAAUUUUCACCAGUUGAACGGUUUGCCUACUUGAGGAUGUGUUUUUAAGGGCACAGAUAGAGCUUCCGACCCCCCUUAAUUUCAUUGACCCUCCACACGAGUUGAGGAAAAGGAGUUAAAAGAAGUACUCUGGCGAGCGCCAGAUGUACAAAAAUUGCUCUUGCUCGACUAAUAAGGGUCGACCGUGCAAAAGACUACAGUUGGAACCCCCGCCAAGUGAAAGAAGAAAAAAAGAGAAAAAGAAAUGUAAAUGAAAGUGCAAAAAGGGGUUCCAACGGUGAAAUGAAGUGAAAGAGCGCCCCGGUACAACGAGUCCUUGGUUGUGAAUGGUGUGAGUCCCUUUUUCCAUGAACUGGCUGUCUUACUUCCACUUCUUCUCAUGAUCCUGGCUUGAGUCUAGUACUCGCAUUGAGAGAGAUAGGGGACGUCUUAGAAGACCAGUUGACCUCGUAAGCUGCUAUAUGAUCUAGGAAAUCCUCUACCGACGAUCGGGGUUUUUUGUUGCUAUAGAGGUAUGGAGAGCUGCAUUGGUUUGAGUUAGGUUUACUUGGGGACAAGCAAACAGUUAAGUGUGGGGGGAUUUGAUGACUCGGUAUUUGCACAUGUUUUCCCCUUUGUUUCUUGGUUGUUUGAGCUUCAAUUAUUGCGUCUUUGUCCUAUUUUAUGCUAGGUUGUGUUCCUUUGUCACAUUUCAGGUCCUAGCACAUAAAGUGAAGCAUAGGCGCAAGUUUCAAAUCAAUCAGAGAUCAAUUGACGAUUCGGGAGAAGAAACUCGGGCAUGACCUGAAGAAGAAUGGAUUUCUAACUCACUUUAUGGAAAAAGAAUCAUGCAAUCUUGUCAUGAAAAGAAAUAGGACGAGACUACGAGCGCCUGGGAUCAAACGGGGACUGAUUCGGAGUCCGGACGAGGGAGAAACGAAGCAUUAAACAGAGGCUGAGCAAGCCACACGGGCAUCCUGGAACUCCACACGGCCGUGUGGGUCGUGGCCGUGUGGAAAUCACCGAGCCUUCACACGGGCAGCUGGGAAAGCCACACGGCCGUGUGGUCUGGCCAUGUGAUCGGGAAUUUCUGUUUAAAACUCGAUUUUCAGCCAAAGGAAAGGGGAGACUGGGUUUUUGGUUCCCAAACACCCAAGGGACGAACCCUAGAGAGAGAGAGAGAGAGAGAGAGCGACUUGGGAACAUUCUUGGAGCUAUUUUGGAGGAUUUCUUCGCCAUUGGAGCUCGGGAAUCAAGCUUUGAGAUGGAGAUUGAAGAUCUAGAUCAGAUUUCUGCAGUCUCUCUCUUCUCUAUGGAGUAACUUCCCUUCACUUAGGUUUUGAGGAACCCUAGUUCCAUGUGUUAGGAUCUUUCUUGUAUGAAAUUUUGGAUGCUAUAUUGCUUGAUUAUAAUCGAUUGAGGCAUGAUUUAUUGAGUCAAUUGAAUCUUGAUCAAAUUCUCUUGAUUUCUGCUUUAACCUAUGAUAGAUAGAAUCUGAUUAGGUUAAGAGAGCUUCCUUGAUUGAUGGUGGUGAAUUGGUUAUACGAGAGUUAGCCAGUUUACUGCUUUGUACUGGAAUCCAAUUCCAGUAGUGGAGUUCUGUGCUUAUUGCUUCAGCUUUCUAUCCCGGUGAAGACUAGUCGUCUGCCGGGUAGUUAGACUGAGAGGGCUUGGUCAGCUUAAGAGAUUCCAAGCUUGUGUCGGAUCUUCCGCAGUCUAAUCAACAGUAAAUCAACCCAGGGUAAUUACAAUUGAGACCUAACUAAGGAGCUAGGGGGACUCACGACCGAGUGACUCUUCUUUGCUUGAGAAAAUCAAACCAAUUCCUGCUUUCUUACUGCUUUUGCUUAAAACAACAAUCACUUGACUUAGUUGGCUAGAUAAUAGAUAAUCACGGAGUAAGCAGUAGAUCUAGACCCCGGGUUGAUAAUAGAACUUGCCACUUUACUGCAUUCCCGGACUGCGAUUACACUUGGUCGCAGUUUGGUGUUGUGUUUUGGCGUGUCAGGAGGUAAUGUGAGAGCUGAGGUGGCAUCCACAUUAGUGUCCUGUUAUCGGUGUUAAAUCUUUUAACGAAAAUGGCUAAUUAUGUCAAACAAGUUUAUAAAAUGUGGCUAUAACUGUGUAUUUUUUUUAAAGUGGCUAUUAUUGUAAAAACAUGUAUAGUUAUGGCUAUGCAGGUGAACUAAACCAAUAAACAAUAAUAUCUACA